UUCCUUUUCUUUCUGCCAGCGCAAUCUCGGCUCAUUUUCUCUAAGCAAUACAAGUUCACGGACGAGCUACCUAGCCAGCCCUCCUCUCCCGUCAUGGACCUCCCAGGCUCGCCGCCCGCACUCUGAAGAGGCUCCUUCGCGGAGGAGGAGGAGGAAGAGGAGGAAGAGAGGAGGAGGCGGAGAAGGGGAGGAAGGCGCGGCGCCGCCCGCCGCUGCCCGGGCGCCGUCCCGCAGAGCGCUGGCCGCAGGGCGAGGCGGAGCGGCGGCAGCAGGCGCUGGGCAUGGGGUGGCGGCGGCGGGGGGCGCUGCCGGCGGGCGGCUGCUGCUGCUGCCUGGCGGCGGCGCUGCCGCUGCUGCUGCUGCUGCUGCCCGCCGGGUGCCCCGUGCGGGCGCAGAACGACACGGAGCCCAUCGUCCUGGAGGGGAAGUGCCUGGUGGUCUGCGACUCCAGCCCCUCGGCCGACGGCGCGAUCACCUCCUCCCUGGGGAUCUCGGUGCGCUCGGGCAGCGCCAAGGUGGCCUUCUCGGCCACCCGCAGCACCAACCACGAGCCCUCCGAGAUGAGCAACCGCACCAUGACCAUCUACUUCGACCAGGUAUUAGUUAAUAUUGGCAACCAUUUUGACCUUGCUUCCAGUAUAUUUGUAGCACCAAGAAAAGGGAUAUAUAGUUUCAGUUUCCACGUGGUCAAGGUCUAUAACAGACAAACCAUACAGGUAAGUUUAAUGCAAAAUGGCUACCCAGUGAUUUCAGCUUUUGCAGGGGAUCAGGACGUCACCAGAGAAGCAGCCAGUAAUGGGGUCUUGCUCCACAUGGAAAGAGAAGACAAAGUGCAUCUCAAACUGGAAAGGGGUAACCUCAUGGGAGGGUGGAAAUACUCAACCUUUUCCGGCUUCUUAGUCUUUCCACUAUAAAAGAAGGCCACAUAGGAGACAGAUCCAUGAGCCGAGCAAGGAUUCAGUCGUUAACAACACCCUGAACUUGGCAGCACAUGACAAUAUUUCCAGUCACCCCGUCAGACUGUCACAGUAGAAGAAUGAUGACGUUCGAAACUCCAACAUUUGCUUUGAAUAUUGACAAUUCUUCGGGAACCUGCGCCUCUAAUUAGUUUUAGACGACAGUGAUCUUUAGGAGAAAUGAAAUGAUCGACCUGAGCAAUUUGUACCUGUGAUUGUAAAGUCAAUUUUGGAUUUUAUUGUUGGGAUCAUUGACUUUCUUCUUUUUUUAUUUUUUCCUCUCUCUCAUUUUUUCCUCUUUUUUUUUCCCUCUUGUUGUUGUCCCAAUGAGACAGAUAACUUGGACCACACAAUCUCUUUGUCAAAGGCUCUCUCCAGAGCCAGAAGAAUGAAGUGUUCAGCCCAAUGAAGUGUUCUUUCCAUGCUUUAUUUCUUUGUGUUGUAUAGCCUUAAGGAAAAAAGAAAAAAAAAAAAAAGAGAAAAAAAAAAAGGAAAAAAAAAAGAAUGGCUUCAGUCUCAGUCCUGUAUUUUUCUGGGGGAGGGGGAUUCUGGACAUUACUGUGUCAAGAAGUGCUUUAUCCAGUGAAGCAAAAUUUGCACGAUUGGAACCUUAUUUGUUUUGUGUUGUUCGUGUUUUUCAUCGACUUCUUCCUGAUUUUUGUUUGUGUGCGCUAAAAAUGUAAGCUAGAUUGAUCAAUAAGACAAAACAAAGCACAUAUAUACCCUGUAGCUCUAAGUAAAGCUAACCAGUGAACAAUUCUGUCUGCACUUUCCAGCUGAUCUUUAUAGACCUAUUUAGAGAGAGAGAAAGAGAGAGAAAGAGCGAGAGAGCUACAUGAUCCUUCAGUUACAAUCUGGAAACCAGUAAAGGAACUGACAUUUCUGAAUUGUCCUGACAUUUCUAGAAGCAACAGUGGAGGCUUUGAAUAUCUUCUCUGACCAUACCCUAAAAUAUAUCCUUUCUUUACAUUAUUGAGCAUAUUUUGGAUGCUUUUAUCUGAUAUUUAUUUGAUGUAUUUGUCCACUAAUGCUUUAGUACAUAUUGUGGGAGCAUGGAGAGUUGGCAGAGCAAACUCUUCCUCUUCCACAUUAAAUAAAACCAUCUCCACUUGACCUGUCCAUGGCAAGUAUUGGAGGAGUUGCCACUAGCAUCUUUGGCAGCCUUUGGGAGAGGGUCAGCAAAUGCACCUGAAGUUGCACAGGUGCCGUGCAUUCAUUAUCUGUGUGUGCUCUCCUUAUACAAAUAGCCUCAGAGUGCUGGGAGUAGACUGAUGUUGGUAUUGGAGGUUAGGAAAAGUUAUUACCCCAAUCAACAAGAGGUAAAAUAUCAGGGCAAUAUCAAUUGCAUCUGUUUGCCUCAUUCUAAAUAAAUAGAUCUUGUUUCUUCACUGUUUUGGGUUUUUUUUUUUAAAGGUUGGUGUAUUAGUUUGCUGAGGAAAAUCUUGCUUGAGAAGAUCCAGGAGGAAUGUUUGUAUUACUUUAUAUUAUAUUUAUCUUAAUUUAUUUGUCUUUAAAUAUUUAGUCUUGAUAUUAAUCCCACGAGUGUGGGUGUGUAUAAGAAUUUAUUUUUGUCAAAUUUCUCUGCCACAAACAAAUAUAAUGCAAAGGCAUUUGCAGCAAAUCGGUGGUAGCUAUGCUGUAUUUCAAAUUAUGGUGGACAUGUCAUUUUCAUUGUAAAUUUAUCAUUAAAGGGACAAAGUCAAUUAAAGUCAUAUAUUCUUUAAAAAAACCCUUAUCUGUGUUGCUUAUGAAACCUUAGAUGACUAAAAUAUGAGCAGGUGUAUUUUCACCAUUGAUGCUUUUUUUGCAUUGGCGUUUCAAUUUGCUGCUUACGGAACUAAUGAGUUUCAGGUUUGUUUUUUAAUGGGUUGCGUUUUCUUGUUUCCCCUUGUGCAUUGGUAUGACUGCAGUGUUUCUAGUAGCAAAAUAUCACAGGGCUAUGUUUAAAUAUAUGAAAUGAAAUCUUAGUCAUCAGAAACCCUUUUUAAUUAAAAUACUAAAGUAGUUAGGAGACCAGUUGUCUUAACGGUAGAUGUUGUAAAACUACUUUUAAAUCUAUUUUUUUGUGUUUAAAAUUGAUGAAGUCUCUCAAGAAAAUAGACCCCCAGGUGGAUUCAGGUUCCCAGGUUUUCAGUUUCUAUUACAUUUUCUCAGUCUUAUUUUGAAAUUCUGCCUACCAAAAUCACUUUCAGUUGUCCGAUUUAUUGCAGUUCGUCUGUCUUGAAUAAGGCAGUGUCGUAAUAUUUCUGGCUCUCACCUAACCCAAAUGAGGCCAAUGACAGGGUUUUCCUUGGACAUAUUCUUGGAAGUUUCUUAGGCUACGGGAGCUGCAAAAUCUGAAUAUCCCACUUAAAGUAUUUUAAGUUCAGUAAUUUUGAUUGUGCUUAUUUUAUAAAACUAAAUAUGUGUAUAUGAUAACCAAUCUUCUGAAUUUAAAAAUCUCUAAUAUACUGUCUCUCUCUCACUUCUACUUGUGUCCUUAAUCUUAAGCUAUAGAGUUAGAACUAUUAUAUAAACAGUUUAAUUAAAUGGAAAAUGGCCAGUAAAUUCUUGUUGGACACCAAUUACAAUCAUGGUGCUAUUGUUUUUCUGUAAACUUUUGAUAUUUGUAAAAUUUUUCCCUUUCUCCUUUUACUUCAUUUCGUAUCUGAGUUUGAGAAGGUGCAAUUUACUUGUCAUUGGAAACUGUAGACAUUUUGAUACACAUGUAAGAUGUGGAUGUCAUUAUAUAUUUUAUGUUAGAGGCAGAAAAUGUACAACAGCAGCACUGAAGAAUGCAACAAGAAAUGUUAUGUGAGAGCGCUCAAAGGAGCCUCCUAGCACAUUAAGAGUAGGCUUAUCUAAAGUAAUUUAUAGAAACAAAUGGAUUUGGUAACAGAGUUAGUGCAAGUGUAGUGUUGAGGGACACCGUGAGAGUUACUAAGUGUAAAACAAAUAUAGCAGUGGAACAGGCCAAUGGCACAAUAACGGCUCUGGUUCCUGUGGAGAUAAUAACAAUAUUACUUCCAACAACUUUCAAACUUUCUCACAAGCUGCUGUGUAAUACAAUUGUAUGAUAUUCAUAUGAAAACACUGUCUGUUUGACUGUUUCCCUUCCAGGGAACAAGGUACACCUGAGUGUCUUUGGGAACCACUGCUCUAGGGUUUCUUCCGUGUACUUCUGGCUUGGUAGAAACCAGGACCUAUAUUAGGAAUGAUAAAUAUUUAUCAUACACUUUGUUGCCUUUCUUUAGAUUUCUCUGAAUUUUAUAUCCAUUGUUUGAACAUGGUCUUGUAAAAACCUGUGUGCUCUUACCUCCUCCUGAGCCAGUAGGUAUGAUGGAUAUGCUGUGUCUCUCAUUACUGGUCAGCAUCUUGCAAACUGGAUCUGUUUAUUUUGUGUGGGAGGAUGAGAGAGAUGGAGACACAAAACUACGGAGUUGUUUAGAAGUUACAUAGCGUUUGUUGGCUGUGACUUUUUUAACUUUUAAAAAACAUUUUGUUUUUUGUUGACGGAAUUCCUAUCUCAGACAAUUUGUCAAAGUAGAAGGUAAGCUGAAAGGGUUUGUUUAGUGAUGGAGUUGUUCAGAAAUAACUGAAAGUGGUUUCAUGCCCUUGUAAUGUGGCAUUCAUUUCUGGAAUAACCAAGGUCACAGGCAGCGUUGUUUAAAAAUAGCUAUUAUAGUUAAUAGUCUGCUUCAACCAAGGAUAAUUUUCUAGUGAUAACAAGCACACAAUCUGCGUUGUUCAUAUACUUCAUAAUUUUCAUGGAUAAUGACUUGCAAGCUAAAGUCCAUUAAACAGUUAUACCUAACUAAAGAAAACCAAUAGAUUUAUCUGUUUUUAUUUAUUGUUGAGAGACCAAGGAAUGUCUUUGAGGCAAUGCAGUUUUUAGAUUUGGAACUACACACUUCCCUGAACAAUUGUUCCAGGAUCACAUUUGAUGAGAUGAGCCAUGCCUGUGUUUAAUCGUGGUGGUAAAUAAUAAUCAUUCAUUGUAAAAUACCCAUUUUCUUAAUGGGACAUAUUCUUUUAUUUGACUUGUCUUCAUCUGCCAGGAUGCUUAAAACAGAACUUUGAUUCCUGGCCACCUGUUAACAAGAUAACAUUAAUAGCUUAUGAGCUUCUGAGAAUUAUUGAUAUCCAAGAAUUAUUGAUAUCCAUCAUGACUGUAGUUAGACAGACAAGGUGUCCGGGCAGAUGAUAGACAGACAUUUUGAUCAGCUUUUUAUAUAAUAAAGCACCAGCAAAAUUUGAGCGUUCCACAGCAAAAUGAAUAUAUUGUCAUUUCAAUUAAGAGGCUAAUCCUGUUUGUUUUACUUGCUUGAGUAAAGCCUAUGACUCUAUAGAGGAGCUUAUGAAAAACAUCAAUAGUAUUUGGCCUGAAUUGUAGCAUUUGGAUUUUGAUUGUGAUCUACUAUUACAUUUACUUUAAAAAUCAGUGACGAUAAUCAGUGCAAACCCUUAGUUAAUAAUAAUUUU